AUGAUUAUACCACAGAUAUUUGUACCGGUUGUAAUGGGUUUGAUGCAGGCUGUCAAAAGUAUUACUCUAGCUGAUUACAACGAAUAUCAAGCUGUAUACAAAGUAAUGACUGAACUUUGUGAUAUAAAGUUCGAGAACCGAAGACCUAUUUGUCGCUUACUGACAACGCUUCCAACUUGGCUGCCUGCUGCUAUCACUAAAUGUUCUGCGCGUGAAUUAGAGAGAUUGUCUGUUUUAGGCCCGUUUUUCGGCAUGUCGCUGUUUGCUGAUGAUUGCCCGAGACUAGCCGAGAAGUACUUUGCGGAAACUCCUAAUCAGUACGAUUUGAAAAUGAUUAAGAAAAAUUUGCAACGCGCAAUUCAGUUUGUUAGGACGAGUAUGUUCAAUGUUGUACACUCAAUGUUGAUAACAAAUGACUGCAAAGAAUUUAUCCUUAGCUAUAUUGCGACUGUACUAACCAGAAAUAAGAAACGUGCGCAGAUGCAAGUAGAGGAUAGCCUUGUUUCAAGUGAUGGAUUUAUGUUAAAUUUUUUAAGUGUUUUGCAAACUUUGUGUGCAAAAAUUAAGCUAGAAAAGGUGGACCCUUACUAUCUACAUUCUUCACGGUGUCGUAUCGAUAUUACAGAAACAACUAGAUUAAACUGUUCUAAAGAACAGUUAGAACAUCUCGUUAUACCUGAAGAAUCAUUAAGGAGGGAACCUAACUUUAAUACAGAAUGUUUCUUCAUGGCGAUACAUGCUUUUCAUAUUUCAUUGCUACCAUGCUGUAGAAAGUGCCUGCGCAGAGGGAGAAUUCUUCGUGAUAUGAGCCGUAUGCUUGAUGAAUUACAGACACAAGAAAGUACAUGGAAGAAUUUACCUAUAGCCGCGAGGAAUAAAGCGGCUAUAAAAAAAUGGAAGGAUCAAAUCAAGCACUUGAAGCAAAUGAAGGUUUGUAGCACUAUAGCCUUGAAUGAUGACAGCGUGUUAAGCAAGAGUAUGCAGCUGUGUGGUAUGGUUGCGCGAUGGCUUACGUCCUUAGUAGCAGUUGAUAAAACAAAGGGGGUGAUUCUUCCUUUACCGAAUAAUUGCCCGAUUGUUUUUGGAGCAUUACCUGAAUAUUUUAUUGAAGAUACUGUUGAUUUUCUAUUGUUCUAUUUGCAACACUGCCCAUGUGGGAUUUCGUCCGAUCCUAGCCUUCCGGAUAUUGCUGAAUUACUAGUGGUUUUUAUUUGUACUUCUCAUUAUAUUAUUAAUCCUUAUUUGGUCGCAAAGCUUGUAGAGGUGAUAUUUGCUGCUAGUCCAGCUGUUCAGGGUUCUACCCGCAGAAUAUUUGAUGAGAUCAGGAGUAAUCCUUUUUCUACCUAUUUACCUUCGGCUUUAAUGAAAUUUUAUAUAGAUGUGGAAUCUACCGGUGGUUCCAAUGAAUUCUAUGAUAAAUUUAGUAUUAGAUAUCAUAUUUCUGUAAUUCUGAAAUGUCUGUGGUCGGACAUAAAACACCAAGAAUCUUCUUUUUCAGAUAGGAUAUCUCAGGGCUAUUUUAUCCAAUUUAUUAAUAUGCUAAUUAAUGAUACUACCUUUCUACUUGAUGAAUCCUUGGACACGUUGAAAAGUAUACACAAUGCACAAGAACAAAUGGAAGAUACAGUUGCGUGGGGAAAGCUAUCAUCGGAGAGUCAGCAACAGCGACAGCAAAAUUUAGCGAUGAAUGAGCGUCAAUGCCGCUCAUAUCUAAUGCUUGCUAACGAAACAGUAUCGUUAUUUCAUUACCUAACAGGUCAAGUCAAAGCAGUUUUCAUACGAGAGGAAAUUCGUGACAGACUAGCCGUUAUGUUAAAUUUUAAUUUACGGCAACUUUGUGGACCUAAGUGUCGUCACUUGAAGGUGCGUAGUCCUGAAAAGUAUAACUUUCAGCCGAAAGCCCUGCUAGAUCAGUUGACUGAUAUCUAUUUGCAUUUGGAUGACGAUAUCUUUAUAAAAUCAGUUGCUUCAGAUCAGAGAUCCUAUAGUAGGGAAUUAUUUAACGACGUCAGUCGCUGCUUAAGAAAAAAUAACAUAAAACCUCCUACCUCGAUAGAAUUGUUUGAAUGCUUUGCGGAGAGGGUUGCAGAAGAGCAUGCUAGCUAUGCCGUCAUGGAACUUGAUUUAGAUGAUGCUCCCGAUGAAUUUAAAGAUCCAUUAAUGGAUACCAUAAUGACCGAACCUGUUGAACUUCCUAGUGGGGUUAUUAUGGACCGCUCCAUAAUUUAUAGACAUUUACUGAACUCGUCAACGGAUCCAUUUAAUCGACAGUCACUGACUGUAGAAAUGUUAAAGCCUGUUCCAGAAUUGAAGCAACGCAUUCAAAAGUAUAUUCAUAGCAAACGCUUUAGACAAACAUAG